UAAUGAAAAGAGAUGAAAAGAAAAAUGUCGCGAAGGUCAAUAAGAGAAAAGUAAUAGAAACGAUUUAUCUCGGGGCUCACACUGAUUUUAGUUUUUUUUUCUUAACGUAACUCAUAAAUAAUCUAUCCUUCUAACAAAAACGUGUACACUCGUACGAAGAUGCGAUUAAGAUGUUAUAUUUGACAAAAUGAGGUUAGACCUUACGUUUUUCGUCUUUGUUGGAUUUUACUUGAAUCUGAUUGAAUGCUUGGUAGUUACGGCGACGAAUAAAAGCAAUGAGCCACAACAGGAGUAUAAGCCGGAGGGCCCUUUGAUAUUGUGCAAAUUUCUUCCAAAGGAAUUUAUAGAAUGUGAAGAUCCAGUUGAUCACAAAGGAAAUAAAACUGCAAAAGAGGAAACAGGUUUCGGUUGUGUGAAGUUUGGAGGAUCGCGCUAUGAGGAUGUUGAAAAAACAAAAGUAUUCUGUACUGUAUUGCCAGAUAUAGAAUGUUUUGGUCCAAGAACAUUUUUUCGUAAAGGAGUUCCUUGUAUAAAAUACAGCGAACAUUUUUUUGUCACUACAUUACUCUAUAGCAUAUUGUUAGGUGUAUUAGGCAUGGAUCGAUUUUGUCUCGGUCAAACAGGAACUGCAGUAGGUAAAUUGUUAACAGUAGGUGGUGUUGGAGUAUGGUGGAUCGUUGAUGUUAUUUUACUGGUUACCAAUUCUUUGCAACCUGAAGAUGGAAGUAAUUGGAAUUCAUAUGUAUAGCACACACACACAUAUAUAUAUAUAUAUGGAUUGUUAAAAAACUUUAUAUCAUUGUAAUAUAAAUACAUCAUUUUAGGAUAUAUUCUACUGCAUAUCCGUUUCAGUAUCUUUUGAUAAAAUUAAAAUUGUUUACAUUAGUACAAAGGCAGAUUAUAUCUAUAUAAAAAUCCUCUAUUUAGGACAAUGCGUUUUAUAAUCACUUUUAUAAAAGAAUCUCUCUUAUGCGUUUUAUAUAAAUUUCAGAUUUAAUAUUUCUGUAAAAAUUGCCUUAAUGAUUCACGAGUAAUUUAACUCAUUCUUGUUAUUAUAAUAUUAUAAAUUACUGUAAAGUUAUAGUUCAUAAUCAUCUGGGUGAUAAAGCUCACUAAGUAAUCUAUAAAUAUAUGAUGGUGCAUUUCCACCUCUGAAAUUCAAGAAUAAAUUUCAUAUAAUAUGCUGCA